AUGUCAACGAUUUGCCUCAAUCCUGCGAGCUCCACCAUGAUGAGCUCUUCGUGGCCAUUCCCAGUGUGGGGAAUCGAACUCAUUGGAUCCCUACCAACAGGGAAGGGGAGAGUAAAAUAUGUUAUGGUUGUUGUUGAUUACUUCACUAAGUGGACUGAGGCCAAACCUCUGGCUACAAUCACCUUGAAGAAAGUCUUGGACUUUGUGGUAAAAAGUAUAAUCUGCAGAUAUGAGGUACCAAGGAAAAUAGUGUCAGACAACGAGACUCAGUUCGAUACCGAAUUGUUCACAGAGUUCUGCGAAAAUAAUGGGAUAAUCAAGAGUUUUUCCUCAGUAGCCCAUCCACAAGAAAAUGGGCAAGUCAAAGCUGUGAACAAGACUCUGAAAAACUCUAUUAAGAAAAGGCUCGAAGAGGCUAAAGGAAAAUGGCCAGAAGAAUUACCAAAAGUCCUAUGGGCUUACAAAAACAACAGCUUGAACCUCAACAUGACACACCCCCUUCUCCUUGGCAUACGGUUGCGAAGCUAUGCUGCCUGUUGA